AUGUCAUUCUCUCGACUGGUUCCGAUUCUCUCUCUCCUCUCUCUCUCUCUCUUGUUUGCUCCAUUACACACACACACCUGCUCUCUGUUUCUCUCUCUCUCUCUCUGUUUCUGGUCUCCUUUUCACACACACGUUGUUCUCUCUCUCUCUGUUUCUCUCUCUCUCUCUCUCUCUCUCUCUUUCUCUCUCUCUGUGUUUCUGGUCUCUCUCACCUCUCUCUCUCUCUCUCUCUGUUACUUUCUCUCUCGAAUUUCGUCUUCCUUUGGUCUUUCUCUUCUCUCUCUCUCUCUUUCUGACGUCUUCUCUUUUCUCUCUCUUCUUCUUAACAUUUUUUUUCUUCCUUUCUUCAUUUUUUUCUGUUUCUAUUUAUAUUAUCUUUCCUUUUCUUUCUUUCUUUUCUUCUUAGUUUUAUUCUCUCACGACUUUCUUUCUUUCUUUUUUAUAUGUGCAUUCGUGUUUCCUUGCUCUACUUUUCAAAGCCAACCCUCUCACCAUCCAAUGUUUCUUUUUCUUUCAACCAUUACACAAAAUUCGAUCAGUCUUCAUUUCUUUCUUCUUCUAUCUUUUUUUAAUUUCUUCGUCUUUUAUUCUUUCUUUCUUUCUUUCGGUUUUUUUCGAUUUCUCUUUUCUUUCUCUCUUUCUCUUCUCUUUCUUCUUUUUUCUUCGGUUUCGUCUUCCUUUCUUUCUUUCUUUCUUCGGUUUUCCUUUCUUUCUUUCUUUCUUUCUUCGGUUUCUUUUCUUACGUCUUUCUUUCUUUUCUUUCUUCGGUCCCCCUUUCUUUUUUCUUCUUUCGUCUUUCUUUCUUUCUUUCUUUCUUUCUUUCUUUUUUCGUCUUUCUUUCUUUUUCUUUUCUUCCCCUUUCGUCUUCCUUUCUUUCUUUCUUUCUUCGGUUUCGUCUUCCUUUCUUUCUUUCUUUCUUUCUUCGGUUUCGUCUUCCUUUCUUUCUUUCUUUCUUCGGUUUCGUCUUCCUUUCUUUCUUUCUUUCUUCGGUUUCGUCUUUCUUUCUUUUUUCUUUCUUCUUUUUCUUUCGUCUUUCCUUUCUUUUUCUUUUUCGGUUUCUUCGGUUUCUUUCUUUUUUCGUUCUUUGCCGGAGGAGGCGAUUUCUUUUUUCUUUCUUCGGUUUCGUCUUUCUUUCUUUCUUUCUUCGGUUUCGUCUUUCUUUCUUUCUUUCUUCGGUUUCGUCUUUCUUUCUUUCUUUCUUCGGUUUCGUCUUUCUUUCUUUCUUUCUUCGGUUUCGUCUUUCUUUCUUUCUUUCUUUCUUCGGUUUCGUCUUUCUUUCUUUUUUUCUUUUUCUUCAGGUCUUUCUUUUUUCUUUCUUCUUUUUCUUUCUUCGGUUUUCGUCUUUCUUUUUUUCUUUCUUUUUCUUUCUUUCUUUCUUUUUGGUUUUCGUCUUUCUUUUUUUUUUUUUUUCCUUUUUCUUCUUUCUUUCUUUUUUUUCGGUUUCGUCUUUCUUUCUUUUUUUCUUUCUUUCGGUUUCUUUCUUUUUUUGCUUUCUUUUCUUUCUUUUUUCUUUUUCGUCUUCGGUUUUCGUCUUUUUUUUUUUUUCUUUUUUUCUUUUCUUUCUUUUCUUUCUUUUUCGUCUUUCUUUCUUUUUUUUUUUUCUUUCUUUCUUUCUUUUUUUUCGUUUCUUUUUCUUUUUCUUUCUUUCUUUUUUUUUCUUUUUUUUUCUUUUUUCUUUUUUUCUUCUUUUCUUUUCUUUUUUUCAGUUUUCUUUUCUUUCUUUUUUUUCGGUUUCUUUUUUUCUUUUUUUUUUCUUUCUUCGGUUUCGUCUUUCUUUCUUUCUUUCUUUCUUUCUUCUUUCGUUUUUCUUUUUUCUUUCUUUCUUUCUUCUUUCGUCUUUAUUUCUUUCUUUCUUUUUCUUUCUUCUUUCUUUCUUUCUUUCUUUUGAGAGUCUUUCUUUCUUUCUUUUCUUUUCGUCUUUCUUUUCAUUCUUUCUUUCUUUCUUUCUUCGGUUUCAUUCUUUCUUUCUUUUUUCUUCGGUUUCUUUCGUCUUUCUUUCUUUUUUUUCUUUUCUUCGGUUUCGUCUUCUUUCUCUUUCUUUCGUCUUUUUUCUUUCUUCUCCAUAAUUCGUUUUUUUUUCUUUCUUUCUUUUCUUUCUUUCUUUUUUUUUCUUUUUUCUUUCUUCGGUUUUCGUCUUUUCUUUCUUUAUUUCUUUUUUCUUUUUUCAUUUCGUCUUUCUUUCUUUUCUUUUUUCUUUUAGUUUCGUCUUUCUUUCUUUUUUUCUUUCUUCGGUUUCGUCUUUUCUUUCUUUCUUCAGUUUCGUCUUUCUUUUCUUUCUUUUUCUUUCUUCGGUUUCGUCUUUCUUUCUUCGGUUUCGUCUUUCUUUCUUCGGUUUCGUCUUUCUUUCUUCGGUUUCGUCUUUCUUUCUUCGGUUUCGUCUUUCUUUCUUCGGUUUCGUCUUUCUUUCUUCGGUUUCGUCUUUCUUUCUUUUUCUUUCUUUCUUCAUUUCGUCUUUUCUUUCUUUUUCUUUCUUUCGGUUUUUCUUUCUUUCUUUUUUCUUUUUCUUUCUUUCUGGUUUUCUCUUUUUUCUUUUUUCUUUCUUUCUUUUUCUUUUUUCUUUCUUUCUUUCUUUCUUUCUUUUUCUUUCUUUCAAUUUCUUUUUUUUUUUUUCUUUUUUUUCUUUCUUUUUUCUUUCUUUCUUUUUUCUUUCUUUUUUUUCUUUCUUUCUUUUUCUUUUCUUCUUUUUUUUCUUUUUUGUUUUUUUCUUUUUUUCUUUCUUUUUUUUUCUUUCUUUUUCUUUUUUUUUUUUCUUUCUUUUUUUGGUUUCUUCUUUCUUUUUUUGCACACUUACUCGUCUUUUGUUCUUCUGUUUUUUGUUCUUUAUCUCGACUUUCUCUCAUCUUUUACCUUUUGACUUUAUCUUUGACUCCUUACAUUUCAAUCUCCUCUUCCUCCUCUAAUAUCUGCCUUUCUUCUCUUCCCACAUCACUCCACCUACUGGGUCCAUCAUGUCUCCCUGGCCUUGACAUCUCCUCCCACCAGUUCUAUAAACACUCCCAUAUCGCUACUAACACAUCACUCCUCAGCUAG